AUUACAGAUAUAUAAAUUGCAUGUAAUAUGUAUCUACUGAUCAAAGAUCCACAAUGGUCACUUACGAAAUUAAAGUGAAAACCGGGGAUGUACUGGGGGCGGGUACAGAUGCCAACGUAAAAAUAGUUCUACUUGGUAGAUGUGGGAAACAAACGCAAUCCGCCAAUCUGGAUAACAGGUUUAGAGAUGAUUUUGAAAGAUUCCGGGCAGAUGUCUUCACCAUAAAAGAUAAAACAGAUAUUCCUGAAGUGACUGAAAUCAAGCUGCGGAGAGACAAAGCGGGUUCCCGCAGUGAUUGGUUUGUCGAAAAGAUCCAGGUAACCAAUCAGAAGAGCGGGUGUACUUCUGUUUUUCCAAUACUUCGGUGGAUACGUCCUGAUAUUGACCUUUAUUUUGGACGAUAUGACGCCUUUCUGCCUCAGUUUGAUCCUCAUCCAGAACAGCGAAGGGCUGAACUUUAUGAGAAAAGAAAACUAUACGAGUACCAAGAAAAAAGACCGGGAUUUCCCGUUCAGGUUAAAAAAGUCCCCGAUGACGAGGAAUUUUCCUUUUGUCACAAGUUUGAUCUGACUAAGAUGAAGCUCACUAUGGAGGCCAGCAAGGCGAAGGAGAUGAUAUUGGGUGAUGGAGCGUGGGAAACUUUAGACGACAUGAAAAAUAUCUGUUUGAAAACAUUUAAAGUGCCCAAGGGGAUGCUGGACUGGGAGAGUGAUAUUAGUUUUGGCUGGCAGCGCUUAAAUGGUGUCAAUCCAAAUAUGAUUUAUCUUUGUACCCAUCUACCAGACAAAUUUGGUGUGACUGAAAAAAUGGUUAAACCUUUCCUCGGGGGCCUGACAAUAUCCCAAGCCAUCAGGGAUAAGCGUUUGUUCAUCACUGAUCUAGAAAUACUGAAUGGGAUUUCUGUUAACGAAGGCUAUGUUUGUCCAGCACCCAUUGCCCUUUUCUUUGUUGAUGCUAGAGGUCAACUGAUGCCAGUAGCGAUACAACUCUUUCAACAGAAGGGACCUGAUAACCCGGUAUUUUUGCCAAGCGAUCCCCCAUAUACCUGGUUGAUAGCCAAAAUGUGGUUUAAUGUGGGAGACUCAAAUCUUCAUCAAACCAUUGUUCAUCUAGGUUGUACACACCUAAUUUUGGAGAGCGUGUGUGUAGCGGCCUAUAGAUGUCUGUCUCCUUCACAUCCUAUGUUUAAACUGCUGGCUCCUCAUCUUCUCUACCUUAUUGCAAUCAAUGAUCGCGGUCUUGAAAAACUUCUUGGGCCUGAAGGAGUAUUCGAUAUAUUGGCAGCGGUCGGAAGCAAGGGUGCUGCAGAGCUCAUUGCCAAAGGAACAAGUCCCUGGAGAAUGAAUGUAGAAGGAACAUAUCCAGAAUUUUUGAAACAUAGAGGGCUAUAUUGCAAGGAUGGAAAAAUUCUGCCAACGUUUUACCAGCGUGACGAUAGUCUAGAUCUAUAUGAAGCCAUUCACAGCUACGUCAGCGAGUACAUCACUCUCUAUUACGACACUAAAGAAAAAAUUAUCGAGGAUGAUGAAAUACAAAAGUUCGGACGCGAAUUAUCAAUCCCAAAAUACGAAGGAGGCUGUGGAAUUUUGGGUGUUCCUUUCAAAGACGGGAAGUUUUGUUCAGCAGAACAGGUGGCGCUCGUCUUCACUUCCGUUAUUUUUACCAGUAGUGUUGUACAUGCUGCUAUCAAUUUCCCUCAAUACGAUACGUACGGAUUCCCCCCGAACUAUCCGAUCAAACUCAAUGGAACGCCUCCUAAAGAUAAGAGGCCGCUGAAGGAAGAGGAAGUCGUGAAGGCCCUAGUCGACAAGUCUACGGCACUGGAUGUUAUGACUGUGGUAUCAAUUUUGAGUGAACGGGCUACUAACGCUCUGGGAGACUUUGAAGUGGACUAUAUAUAUGACCCUCCAGCAGUAAAGAUCGUGGAGGAAUUCAUACCGGAUUUGAAAAACAUCAGCUCAAAGAUCCGUGAAAGAAACGAAAAAUUGGUUAGAAAGUACGAUCAUCUCCUGCCAGAGGAAAUUCCAAAUUCCGCCAGCAUCUGAUUUUACAAGAUGUGAAAUAUUUUCUUUUGACAUAUUUUUCAUUUAGUAUAACUGUAGUAAAAUUCUAUAACGCCAUAGGUCAACUGUGAAAACACCAAUUUUCUGGGUGGUUUAAUUUCCAUUUUUCUUCAUUGUAUUAAAUCCCCCCCGAACGUAUGUGGUUUCCAUAAACCACGAAAAUCUGACCCCAGGAGAAUAAGUGAUUUUACAGCAGGAAGGAAAGUCAUUUAGAACCUAACCCGCUUUUUCCUCCAAUCAGUAGCUGCUAAAUUUUCAUAUGAUCUAACUCUUACUUAAAUCUUAUGUUAAUCCCUAUACUCACCAAAGCAUUGCUGUAAUGAUAACAGUGACUAAAAGGUUAGAAUAUCGUGUGUAAGACAUAAUUAAGACAGUAUUACAU